AUCGGAUUCCAUCGAUGUUUUGUGCGAACAGUCUGCCAUUUUCGCUUCACGAGCUCUACUUUUUGCUAGGAAGCACCGCGUUCCAUCACAGCCUCCAUUGAAAGAAAUUCCACAACCAUGUUGUUUCAGGUUGGAGGGCAAGGGACUCGUCCCACCUUCUUCGAGAUGGCCGCCGCUCAGCAGCUCCCUGCUAGCCUUCGUGCCGCUCUCACUUACUCCAUCGGCGUUUUAGCUCUAAGAAGACCAUUCUUUCAUAGGGUGUUAGACUAUGAAGAUGAGUUCUUUUCUUUGCUAAUGCUGGUUCUAGAAACACACAGCUUACGAACUACAGAUGCUUCGUUUUCUGAAUCUCUUUAUGGCUUAAGAAGAAGAGGUGUAAAUGUAAAAGUAAAGAAGGAAGAUUCUCGUUCAGUCUCUGGAGAUGGUAUUCAACAUAGAGGAUUGGCAAAACAUCAAAAAGUUCUUUCUGUUGUUUUCUUGGUUGUAUUGCCUUAUUUCAAGUCAAAGUUGCACGCAAUUUACAAUAAGGAAAGGGAGGCUAGGCUUCAAGCAAGUUUAUGGGGUGAUGAUAAUGAAAGGUUUAAUGAUGCUGAAAUUUAUGAUGUAAGAGGUGAUCUUGUUCCUACUAGAACUUCGAGAGUUGAAGCAUCAGUAAGAGAACGGGUGAUGAACAAAUUUCAGAAAAUUGUCGGUGCUUGUUACCCAUGGCUUCAUGCAAGUAGUGAAGGUCUAUCGUUCACUUAUCAGCUGUUAUAUUUGUUGGAUGCUACUGGAUUCUAUUCACUAGGACUGCAGGUCAUUGGAGUUCAUGUCUGUCGAGCUACAGGACAAGAGUUGAUGGACACAUCAUCUAGAAUUUCGAAGAUACGAAGCCACGAGCGUGAGAGACUACGUGGCCCUCCUUGGUUGAAGGCAAUACAAGGAGGAAUCCUCACUUGUAUGUACACGAUGCUAGAUUAUGCACAGACCGGGCUAAUUGCAGCAGUGUUUUUCUUCAAAAUGAUGGAGUGGUGGUACCAAUCUGCUGAGGAACGAAUGUCUGCACCAACGGUAUAUCCCCCACCACCACCUCCUCCUCCUCCAAAGGUAGCUAAGGAAGGGAUUCCACUGCCGCCCAACAGAACAAUUUGCCCUUUGUGCUCAGAGAAACGAGCUAAUCCAUCAGUUGUUACUGUUUCUGGCUUUGUCUUUUGUUACACUUGCAUCUUCAAGUAUGUUUCACAGUACAAGCGCUGCCCAAUCACAUUAAUGCCUGCAAAUGUUGAUCACAUCAGGAGGCUCUUCCAUGAUAUGUGAAGAACCUGAGGGACACAAUAAUGCAAGGAUUAAUGGCUGCCAUCCUCUCCAGGAUUCAGGGGGGCUUCUUCUUCUUGUCAAAUCUGCAAACUUGAAGAAAUAAUUUGUUGUUAUAAUGUUCUUGAUGGUUGAAAAUGUGUAGAUCAUAGGGAUAUAAAAUCACUGGUUAUAGUUACUAGUAAUAUGGUAUUUAGGAUUAUAAUAUCGAUAUGGAUAAAGUAAUCAAGGUUUCAAAUUUUGAGAAUUAUUGAUGAAUAUGUCAAUAGAUCAGAUAUUCUAAAGAAAUUAUGGAAACCAAGAAACAUCGAUCCAUCAGUUCAAGCAAUUUGAAUAUGGAUAAGAUUUGAUCAA